AUGCGGAUCCGCUAUCCUUUCGCGGGCGCCUUCGUCUUCGUCUUGCUCUUGGCUGCCUAUAUCGGUCUUCUCCCCCACAGUGCAUCUCCCAGCGUUCCGUCGAAACUACAGCCCAAUGACAAGUUUCUCCAUGUCGUGACGUUCUUCCUGCUGUCUCUCAUCUUCUACUGGAUUCCCGACACCACCCGUCGACGCACGUUACAAUUGACCUUAAUUGUCUGCACCGUUGUUCUGGGAAUUGGCUCCGAGAUUGUCCAAGGAAUCCUCCCCAAUGGUCGCUCGUUCGACCCGUUUGACCUCCUCGCCAACAUAGUGGGCAGUCUCGGCGCAGUCGGCCUGUGCAGUUGGUACCACCGGCGGAUGAUGGAGAGGCGGCGCAAAGCCCGUUUCGGAGCUCUUGGAGACGCCACAGAUGACGUUGAGCUCGGCGUCGGCCCCGGCCAUGGUGAGACCGACCAUGAGCAGGAGGGGUUAGGGGCCCAGGAAACGGGGGUUACGAAUCUGGAGCGUGAGGUCGACAAUUGGGAUGAGAAUGCUGUCGAUAACUGGGAUUCGGAUGACGGUGCGAACGAGCCCUCCGGUUUGAUCGGAGACGGCUCGGAAUCCUCCGCGCCUGCCGUCAACGGGGACAAGGGAGAGGGGAAGAAACGAAGUGACUGA